AUGGCGCUCGUGGUACGUCCUUUUAUUUGGCGAUCAAAGGGAGGGAGGGAGGGAGAGCGUCGAUCAACUUUUGGACCUGUCAACCCAUUCCGAAUCUCGGCACACUGGGGCUGGGGCGGGAGCUGACUGGUGGGAAGAGCUUUUUUUUCCGUGCGUUCACAAAAAGGGAUUUCACUCGAACGCGGCGUUGGAUUUCAAGUUCCUCGCUGAUGCGGAUGAUAUCUGCACGUGAGUUUUCUUCUUCUUCUUCUCUUUCUUUGAUUCCUUUUUCCGUCUCUUCGAAUGGUCAGAGGCCCGAGCCAGUUCUUCCCCCUCUACGAGCGAGGUGAAAGGGGGAAGGAACGGGGUUGUCGAACCCUCUCUCUCUGCGCAUCUUGACUGAACCUGUAUUGAUUCCAUCUUCCCUGUACUCAGUCGAGUGAUCUUGGACAUUUGCGUCUUCCAAGAAGAUCGUGUGUCGGGGCGUAGGACGGGCAAGAUCGAUCGCCACGAUCGCGCCGAGACGAGGUUGAGGCAACCCGAUCUCGAAGAGGUGUUGAAAGUCGUCAAGAGGGUGAGUGGGGAAAGGUGUGGCUGGGCUGGCGUGUUGGAUGUAGGAUCUAGGAUCGACGAUGGAGGGGAUCGAAUCUUUCCCUGCCCCUCCGCUCCAUUGAUCACCGGCCUUGUCGAUCCCCGGGAAUCGCGCGCUCCGGUUCACUGAUCUCAGAUCUGUCUUGUGAUUCAAAGUUGAGGAAAGCCGAAUUGACGGCUACGGAAGCGACCGAGGAACUAUGCACGUGAGUUUGCAACACCCAAUGCGCUUGCGGGAGCAGCGUAGUCGCUUGAUCGGAGUGAUCCGGUCCGGGCGAGGCGGGCAAGCCACGCCUUCAACUUCACCAGCCCGCGGGGAGGAAAGCGCCGGCCGGGCCCCGUUCGCGCUCCGGAGCGUGAUCGUUGACAACCGGAUUGGUCUACGUUUCAGCAUCAACGUGUUCAAGAACUUUAUGAACAAGUACGAGGACGACGACUAUGACAUCUUCAAGACCCACCUCAAACGCUACGCCGCGGCCUUGAGACCCGAUACGGGCAUCGCCUUCCACGAGACGAACAGGUGAGGCAUACGCAAGAGCGUCGGGAUUCCCCUCGGAACGAAGCUCGAGCGAUUGACCCUUCGUGAUACAGAUACGCCAAGAAACAACGCAAACCGACAACCUUCUCCUCGAUCCGAUCCCUCCUCCCUACGAACGCAGCAGGCGUCGUCGCCCUACCCCGUUUGUCCCCCGCCGAUUCUUCCAUCGCCUUGAACCUCCUCCAACCUUCCACUUCGCACGGUCCCACCCCUCCCAAGAAUAACUUUAUCGAAGUAGGCGUGUUCGCCACACGGCCGUUUCAAAAGGGGGAGAUCAUUAGGUUACAAGGGGGUAUUGCCGAUUUGACGGACGAGGAUGACGAUGAGAUGAGGGAGAAUGGAGGCAGGUCCGAUUUCUCCAUCCUUUGGUCGGAGAGGAAAAAAUGUUUUUGUUUAUUGCUGGGACCGGCGAGGUUCGUUAAUGUGAGUGGGUCUUACACGGGGGCAUGGGGUGGGCGUACUGGGGGGGAAAAGGUGGAUGGAGCUGAUGGUGCGCUUUUUCGACUCGACAGCACGAUUGUAGGAACAACGUCGAGUUUUACCUCGUCGGGAACGUCAUGUCCUUCAAAGUCGUCGAGGAUAUUCAACCCGACGAGGAGAUCUUUACGCAUUAUGGUUAGUGACGGGAUGAAAACUAAGAGGGCCGCAGAGUGUGCACGAGGCACUGAUCUCCUUUUUAUGAUCUCAGGCAUCCACUACUUUGAACGCGACAACAUGGGUUGCAUGUGCGCGACCUGCGAGAAGUGAGUUCGACGAGAACUGUGCUUUUCCAUACGUAAGAGUCCUCAUCCCAUCCACACUCCUUCAGAUUCAAACGCGGGUUCUUCACCCCCAAACCCGCCCGAGGAGCCAAAAAACUUUCUUCGCAAUCGACGCAAGCAUCCCUCGUGAACCCACCAGUGAUCCCUCUCUCCAAACUCGCCAACACGACCACGAUCGUCUCGGAUCACGAAGAAGCGGAAUCCUCGACGAGUUCACCUCAUCCUGGUUCUCCCAGACCGGAGAGUCGUUAUGGGACGAGGAGAAGGUUUUUUGUUCGAGCAACGGAGACGGGGAACCACGCUUCGACUUCCGCGAAUGGUGCUGCUGGUGGUGGAGGAAUGAAUUCGACCCCUUCGACGUCGGUGACGAAUCAAUUGAUCAGUGCUUUGAAAGCGAGGUCAUCGACGCGAACUCGAUCAAGUUCAUUACCCUUGAACCUCCAUUCGAACGGAGCGAAUCGCUCCCUUACCCCUACACCCAUCUUCAACACAGGAGGAGGUAGUAACUCACGCCACUCUUCCCCUUCCUCUUCAUCGACCCUCAACCCGAAUCGUCUCUUGUCAGACUUCGAAUUGCGUUCCGGACCUCGGCUCAUUCAUCCCAAGAUGAAGCCUCCCCCGGUUUACAAGGACGAUUACGCAUGGGACGAAAGGAAGAAAAUCGCGAUUUAUACGGGUUUGGUCAGGGCUCCGCAGAAACCUAAGAAGAAGGCCUUGACGGCGAGGGAGAGGAAGAAGGAGAGGGAACGGAUGGAGGAGGAAAUGAGGAGGGAGGAGGAGGAGAAGAGGAGGAGGAGCCAUAGGAAACGGGUUGCCGUUGAGGAGGUGGGGGAGAAGGGGGAGGCGAAGGGGAAGCAGAGGGAGAAGCAGGUGGCGGAGAAGCCGAAGAGGGUUAGAUUGGGGCCUUCGAGAAGUAGAGCGAGUACGGAGGCCAGUACGACUGUGAAGCCGAAGCCGAAGAGGGUCAGGGUCAGGAAGCCCAAGGUUGUAGAGGAAGAACCUGAAGAGGCGGAUGAAGAGGCGUCCGAGGAGGAGGAUGAAGAGGAUGUUGAUGAUGAGGAGAAUGAGGAGGAGGAAGAGGAAGAGGAGGAAGAGGAAGAAGACGAGGAGGAGGAAGUCCAAAAGCCGGCACCGAGGAAAAGAAACCGAUCAACCAAGAUCGUCACCGUCACCAAAGCGACCUCGUCACCCCGCAAGAGCAAAUCCUCGACGCCCGCCGCCACCAAGAACAAGCUUCGUGGACCGGCAUCGAAAAGGCGGAAGGUGAGGUCCGUAUCCGAGGAACAGCCUUUUGUCGGGAUUGUCGUCGUCAAGGGGUCACCGGUCAUAGGUCGCCCGAGGGACAGGUCAAAAAAGGACGCGAAUGGCGAUGAUCGCGAAGUCGAAUUGGGCCGAUUCGUACCUAUUGCCUUGUCGAUGGACGAGGCUGGGCUCCACUCAACGGGCGGAGUCAGCGCUGUCGAAGACGAUGCGUAUGGUCGUGUCCCGGAGACGCCUUUCGAUUCCUCAAGUGUCGCGUCACCCUACGAGAAGGUUGGAUCGGAACCCAUGCCACCUUCGAGAGAGAGGUCCAAGGAUUCGAUCGGUCCCAAAGGACGUCAAAGCCUGCCUCCUCGAGAUCCGACCCCGCUUCCACCCUACCUCCGUCGAAGCACCUCCGGUACGACGCGCGCCUCGAUCCCACCUCGAGACUCCAGUACGGCCGAGCUCGAUUCAGACAUGGGUUCCGACUCCCACAGCCACAAGGACGUCGUCCGAGCAACCAUCUCAACCUCGUCUUUUUUUGGCGUGCCCAUCCGCAUACCUAAAUUACGCGCUCUCGUCACGACCCAUGCCGUCAAUGACGCCUCGGGAUCGUCGGCCUCGCCGACGACGACCAAUGGGGAUGGUUCGAACCAUGCUUCGACGUCGACUUCUUCUUCAACAUCCCUCGCGGCGGGCGCCAGCGCGACGCAAAGUUUUCGGCUCGGCUCCAGGCCCCGAAAAGGAGGUGGUGGGGCGGGCCAAAAUGAUGAUGAGGAUGAGGAUGACGAGGAUGAUGAGAGGCGUCGAAGACGGCAGAAUGGAAUACACGGAGAGAAGGUCGAUGAUGUGAUUAUGGAGGAUGUGAAGCCUAAAGUUGAGGAGGGGGAGGAAGAAGGAGACGAGGGGGUUGCCGCGACGAUGGUUGAUGAGACGCUGGAUGAGGAGAUGUUGGGACUGGGUGACGGACAGGCGAUUGAUGCGCUUGAUUUGAGGGACACGGAUACGCAGGAAGCCGCGGCGCUGUUGUUGAUGCUCAAGUAAGUUCAACGUGCACGAGGCUCAGAUACUCGAAUCGGAACUGAACUCAGCGGUCGGCCGAAUAGUUUCCCGCAUUCUUCGACGAAUCAAGACCACUCGUCGAACAGUGCCCACUCGUCGAACGUACCUACCCCUUCCGCGCCGGCUUCCUCGGCCUCGGGCUCGUCAGCCCAGGCGACCCGCCGUCCCCGCGUCUCGACGACCUCGACCAAAGCUGCGGUUUCAACGUCGACGCAACGCAAACGCAGUCGAAUGUCCGUUGAUGGAGCAGCACCGUCGACUUCAUCCGCUUCGAGUUCGAAGACUCCCGUCGCUUCGACCAAUCCUCGAUCGACUCGACGACACUCGCAACUCGACGAAGGUCAAGUGCCUGUCGCGUCGCCAAGUGCGAGCUCGUCCAAGUCCAAAACCAAGUCAGGCAAAAGUGUCGCCGAACCAAAGCCCGUCAUCCCACCGCAGCCUAUCAAGCCUGGUGAACAAGGCACACGACGAAGUGCGCCUCUUGCCGGAAACCUGAGCGACAUCCUCGCCACCCCAGCGGUCCUCCGAGUCAGCGGAGGCUACGAUGCCGAAAAGGGACGCUAUAUCGCCAAAGGUGCCCCUGUCGACAUUGAAGGACCUUUGUUCGCUCUUGCUCCUCCGAAGCCUGUUAUUUCGCUCGGACCGCAACCGCCUUCGCAAUCCAUGUCGGCUUCGACAUCGACUUCGUCGAAUGGCGCACCGAGGAGGUCUUUGCCAGGUCGAUUGAUCGUCAAUGAGCCCAAGCAGAGGAGGUACUCGGAUUCCAAACUCGCGGAUCGGAAACCGCACAACCUCGCACGAACAGCUUCGGUUCCUCGCGCCUCAAACUCCCCUCGGGCCUCGACGUCCUCCGCAGCGGCUCAACAGCUCCUCCCACCCGUCGUCCCACCUCCUCGACCGCGUUCGGUCCCGACCCAUUCAAGAGCAACGCGCCUGGCCGCCCCCUUGGAAGGUGACCUUAGGGCUUUGUUGGAUUCCAAAAGCGUUGGCGCCGUGACGGGGAUUUACGACCUGACCAAAGGGAAAUACGUUAGUCAGAAAUACCUCGCCGCUGCUGCUGCCAAACAAGCACCGGCUUCGUCAUCGGCGAUGGCGUCGCCCUCGACUUCGAGCGCGACGAAUAGAUUGACGGAACUGAGUCGGCCAGAGUCGGUCUUGGUCGUGGAUGGAAGUGUUGGUGAAGGCAGCGAAAGGGCAAGGGGCACGAGGGCUUCGAGACCCAUCGCGGGAAGCGUCGCCGAUUUGCUCGCUUCCCCGAACGUAGCGAGCGUCACGGGUCGCUUCGAUGCAGAGAAGGGCAAGUACAUCGCUGCGACGACGGCCAGAAAGGGUUGA